AUGACAGAAACUCUACCGAUCGAUUCAUUAAUGAUUGAUCGAUGGACAAGUCAAUGGAUGAAACAACUUGGUUUUAAUAACGAACAAUUACUCAAACGGAAUCAUAAAGUCGAACAAUUUUCACGAAUACUAUUGGAACGCAUUCAGAAAAAGAAACAAACAGAUAUCGCUCAACGUGAACAACUACUGAUUGAAACUUUACGCGAAUAUGAACAUCGAUUGAGUCGAACAGGAUUCGAUAAUGAUAUCAGUGAAGAUUUCGAAACGAUGAAAUUAAGGCAGAAAGAAUUGUUGAUCGAAAAAAAGCAUCAGGAAUUAGAUGUGAAAGAAGAGCAAUUUAUUAAAGAACUCGAUCAACUGUCUCAAAUAGAACGAUCUCUAUGUCAAAUUCUUACAGCAACAGAAAUGGAACUUGUUCCAGAUGAAACCUUAGUCAAACGAAUUCAGCGUUUACAAGAUUAUUUAACCACACUGGAGAAUCUCAAAAAUGACCGAAUGAUCACGUUGAAAUCCUAUCGAACUCGAUUGAACGAUUUAUGCACUCAGCUUGAUUAUAAAUUAGAUGAUCAAUCAGUUGUAACGCAAUUAGUCGACGAGAAAUAUGAAUCUUGUUUAGCGACGGAUUCACUCAGACAAAUCGAAUGUCUGCUCAAUGAGCUCGAUGUUAAAUACGAAGAACAAGGAAAACAUGUUCAUAGACUUAUCGAAACGUUAGAAAAAUUGUAUUCAAAAUUGACAAAAGAUGAUGCAUCGCCACCGAAGCGUUCAGCUGCAUAUAUUUUACGACACAAUACUGCAGAAACAGUGACGCAAUUAGAACAGGAAAUCGCUGAUCUACAAGCAAAACGUAUGGCAACUAGUAAAGUAUACUGUGAAAAUUUGCGAAAAAAGAUCGAAGAUCUCUACGAUCGAUGUCAACUUGGUGCAUCUGAACGACAUACCAUUGAUUAUGAAAAUCUUACGCCAGAUACACUCGAUGAAUGUGAUCGAGAAUACGAUCGUUUAGAUGAUCUAUACCGCAUUCGACAACCUAUUAUUGAUGCGUAUGAACAAUGGAGAUUACUUGUUCAACAACAUGCUGAAUUCUUGAAAAAAUCCACGUCAGCAGCACGUUUUCAUGAACGCGGAUAUUCUGCAGUAAAGGAGCAAGCCGAACGAAAACGGUUUGCUAUUGCUCUACCUAAAGCGGAACGAAAUUGCUUAAAUACACUUGAACAAUGGGAGAAGGAUCAUCUUGACGAACAAUUUCUAAUCAACGAUGUUCCACUACGUCAAAUUCUCGAUCAACAACACAAUGGAACAUCAAACACGACCACAACGGCCACAACAGCGCUAGCACCAUCAAAAAUAACUAAGACGGUAUCGACAUCAUCAAUCAGUUCCAUGGCUGUUCCACAACGUACAGUAUCGAAAGCAAAUGCUCGAAAGAAAUCUCUUCGUAAUCUUGUUAAACAAACCGUCGAAUCUCAUAUGACUCAAAGUCAUCACGAAGAAGCGGACGAAGAUACACUAGAAUUCACUCAAUUGGAAAAUAUUAAACACAUUAACGGAUUGCCAAGAAUUGUGACAUCAACACCAAAAACAGGAAAAAACAAUCUACACCAAACCGAACAUACUGUUGUCGAUAUGGGUCGCAUCAAAACAAAUGAUCCCAUCCAGAAACAUCGUCCGUCCAAACGAGUAAUUCCAGUACGUCGAUGA